AUGGUUGGGACACUGUUCAUCAUUAUUGGAACUAUUUAUUUGCUUCUUUACAUCCCGACAAUCUACGCAAUGUUUAAAGUUAAUUUAAUCAAAAAUCCAUGUUACAAAAUAAUGUUAAUGUUGAUCACAGCUGACAUAUGCAAUAUUAUUGCGAAUUCAAUCAUUGGAGGGUACAUGUUCUCGGUUGGCGCUGUUUUCUGUAUGGAACCAGUGAUGAUGUACAUUGAGGGAGCCUACAAUAUUACCGUUUGGGGAAUUGCCUCGUUUUUGUAUGUUCUGCUGGCGGUGAAUCGCCUCGUUGUACUCAUUUCGAAUCCGUUCUUCAAUCAGGCUUUCAAUAAAGUUCCUACUCUCGGCUGGGCCUUUCUCGCGUGUAUGUAUGGUGCCUGGGUGGGCAUUAUUCACAAACCAUUACCCUACAAUUCAAAAGCUUUCGGAGCUAUCUAUGUACCGGCUAUCGAAGAUAUCGCUACUGAAUUUCCAAUCUACGAGAAUAAAGCUCAUGAAUACAAUAAUAUUGUCGUGGCUAUUCUUUUACUCGUUCUUUAUAUGGCAAUUGGUUUGCUUCUAUGGCGCAAACGUCAAAAUUACAAAGGAGAUGAGGGAAAAGUGUCGAAAGCUGAAAUGAAUGCUCUUAUCCAAGCCGUCUUUAUCACAAUGCCAGCAUUAGCUGCUUGUCUUCUUUAUGUCUAUAUGCAAUUCGCAAGUUCGCUCAGCUUAGCGAUGGCAAUUGUCGGGCAAAUCUCAUGGCAAACGUUAUCUGGUGUAUCAGGAAUUUUCUAUUUGACGUUAAAUCAAAGCAUUCGGAGUUACUACUUCCACAGACGUGUCCACAGUACAUACGAGGAAAGUUCGACGAGGAAAGACAGCUCGGCAAGGAGAGGAGUGAUAAAUGCU